CGAAUCAUGGGCGUUGCCAGUUCAAGUCUGUGAAAGGUGUGGCUACACAUUUAUUGGAGAGCUAACACUAGAAACCCGCUGACACCAAAACCCAGUAUAUUUUCCUAGAAGUCCACCAUGUCUGUUUGGGAUGAUCUGGAUCUCCUCCUAGACUCACCGUCCUCAUUAACAGUGACCUCUACAGCCCGAGGAACCAUUAAAGAGCGUCCUGGCUUCUCCCCAGCAGAGGAUGUCACUAACCUGAGGAAGGCCAUCGAGGGUUUAGGUACCACUGAGAAGACCCUGAUUGAUGUUCUGACCCAGAGAAGCAACGCUCAGCGUCAGCUCAUCAGUAAAGCAUACCAGGAGACUACCAAAAGGUCCCUGGUCACCGACCUGGAGGGAGAGACCCACGGAGACUUUGAGAACCUGCUGGUUGCCCUGGUAACGCCUCCUUCCACCUAUGACUGUCAUGAGGUCAUCAAGGCCAUUAAGGGUGCAGGGACCAAAGAAAGUACUUUGACGGAGAUAUUUGCGUCCAGAUCCAACGCGCAAAUCAAGGCCCUGACUGAAGCAUACUUAGCAGAAACGGGUCGAUCACUGACUCACGACCUCCAGUCUGAGGUAGGUGGGGACUACGGCAAGACUUUGCUGAUCUUGGCUGAGGGCAAGAGAGAUGAGAGCACCACGGUGGAUGCAGCCAAGGCCAAAGCCGACGCUAAGGUGCUGUAUGAAGCAGGAGAGAAGAAGUGGGGGACAGACGAGAGCAAGUUCAUUGACAUCUUGUGUCACCGGAGCGUGCCUCAGCUGAGACAGACUCUGGUGGAGUACAAGAGCAUCAGUAAGAAGACUCUACAGGAGAGCAUCGAGAGUGAGAUGUCUGGGAAUCUGGAGAAGAUUCUGGUGGCCAUCGUCAAGUGUGUGAAGAAUGUUCCCGCUUACCUGGCUGAGAGGGUCUACAAAAGCAUAAAGGGGCUGGGCACCUCUGAGGCCACCCUGACCCGGAUCCUGGUGAGCCGGGCCGAGCUGGACCUGCUGGACGUCCGGGCGGAGUACAAGAAGCUGUUUGGCUGCUCUCUCUUCUCUAGUCUGGAGUCUGAGGUGUCAGGUAACUACGGCGAUACACUGAAGAAGAUCUGUGGAGGAGAUGACUAACUCCACCCCCUCAUCUUAUUGGAUGACUAAACGUACCCUGCUCAACACAGUACUAACAUUAUUCAAUAGGAUAUUGAAGCAUGUGAAGGUUUGCAGUUGAACAAAUAUAAUGUGAACACCGUACUGUACUCUCUAUUAAGUCCAGAGCACACAGUACCCCCCAAGUGUCUAACAAACGUUUAGUGACAGGGAGCUCAAUUUCAUUACACAUCAGCUGUUUGGAACCAGUUAAAGCGCACAGAACGCCACUGUUACCUACGAAGGUGUGACAGCCUGUAGAUUAGGAGCUUUAAAUGUUUCUUACAGGUUGCCCAAUACUGUGUGCUUUGGGCUUUGCUAAAUCACCUGAAGGCUGAGAAUCCCCUGUGCUGACAACGUAUAGCUUCACAAUCUCUUGUAAGCCUAUGACAGGUCUUCAUGUCCAUAAAGUUUUGAAAAAAGUUAUAUUUUCGCCGCUUCAAUAGACAUAUGUGCAUCGAUCAUAAUUGAGUGAUUUAAAUCCUUUAAUGUAAUAAAACCGGUGUCAUUUGUUAUUAAUCCUUCAUUAUAACAGCUUCUUCUUGCUCAAACUUGUUUACUGUCGGGUGGAAUUUACACCACUAGAGGGCAGUAAGCAUCAAAAUGUACCUUUCUCAGAACAUCUUGGAUUGCUCUUUCCUCAGCCCUUGUCCACACCACCACACAGUAAACCUGGUAGACUCCUGCUAGGCUCUCGAAUGAUAAGUGACAGCUUGACAUUGUUCAGUCAGAUGAGAAAGUGGUUAUUACAGACUGUUAUGGUACAAAUCCAUAAUCCAACACUAAUCCCAGAGACAAUGUAGAAUCUCUGAGGCUCCUUCCAGAUUGUGAACCAGGGAAAAGUGCUUAACCCUUUUCUUUAUUUUAUAUCAGACACAUUGAUUGGUCUUUACUAUGUCAAGACUGUCUGAUCUUGUAUUGUUAGGGCUUGAAGAGGAAAAGACGUCUUCACCUGUAAUAAACUGACAAGCAAUGCCCAAA